GGUUUGCAGCGACUGGGGUUAUCAUAACAUCGUAGGACGUUACGCACCAGCACUUUCAAAAAGCGAGAGCCAUGCUGCUCGCGCCGUCUCCUCUUCGGAGCUCGGUGCGCCAGGGCCAGGCCUUUAAGGCCGGGCCGUGUCCGCGUCUGGUGUCGGGCCGCAGGCUGUGCGUGGACGUGCAUGCGGCCAAGAAGAAGACCGGCCCCAAGACCUCGGCGCCGCCUUCAACCUCGUCCGGCCCGGCGCGCGGUGGCGGUGGUGGCGGUGGCGGUGGUGGUGGCUCUGCCACUAAGUACAAGAGCCCGGGAGAUGUGCGCCAGGGGGGUGCCUACAAGGAGGAGACGCGCAAGAUUAUUUUGUCCAUGGAGAAAGUGCGCAAGCUGGCCCCCAACGGCAAGGAGCUGCUCAAGGGCGUGUCUCUGGGCAUGUACCUGGGGGCCAAGAUCGGAGUGCUGGGAGCCAACGGCGCGGGCAAGUCCACGCUGAUGAAGAUCCUGGCGGGAGUGGACACUAGCCUGGCUGACGGCCGCGUGGUGCUGGCCCCCGGCAUCCGGGUGGGCUACCUGGCGCAGGAGCCCGAGCUCAACGACGGCGAGACGGUGCUGUCCAACAUUGAGCCGGCCCUGGCGGCGGUGAAGGGCAAGCUGGCAGAGUACGAGGCGCUGUCGCUCAAGAUGGGCGAGCCGGACGCGGACCUGAACGCCUUGUCCAACAAGAUGGACCGGCUACAGGCUGAGCUGGACGCCAUCAACGGCUGGGAGAUCGACCGCGCCAUGGAGCAGGCCAUGGACGCACUGCGCUGCCCGCCGCCCGACGCCCUGGUCAAGAACCUGUCGGGAGGUGAGCGGCGCCGUGUGGCCCUGUGCCGGCUGCUGCUGUCCGCGCCCGACAUCCUGCUCCUGGACGAGCCCACCAACCAUCUGGACGCCGAGAGCGUGGCGUGGCUGGAGCGCUUCCUGGCCGACUUCAAGGGCACUGUGGUGGCUGUGACGCACGACCGCUACUUUCUGGAUAACGUGGCGGGCUGGAUCCUGGAGCUGGACCGCGGCGCCGGCAUCCCCUUCGAGGGCAACUACUCGGAGUGGCUGGGCGCCAAGGCCAAGCGCAUCACGCUGGAGGCCAAGCAACAGGCGGCUCUGGACAAGGCCAUUGGCGAGGAGCUGGACUGGAUCAACAAGAAGGCCAAGGGCCAGCAGAAGAAGGGCCAGGCCCGCAUGCGCCGCUAUGACGAGUUGGUGGCGCAGCAGGCCGCCUACGUCAAGGCGGCGCAGCUGGAUAGCAUCACCAUCCCCCAGGGCCCCCGCCUGGGUGACCUGGUGCUGGACGUUGAGAGCCUGAAGAAGUCUUUUGAGGACCGGCUGCUGAUUGACGAGGCGACCUUCUCCAUCCCGCCCGGCGCCUGUGUCGGCAUCAUCGGCGGCAACGGCGCCGGCAAGUCCACCCUGUUCCGCAUGAUCAUGAAACAGCAGAACCCUGACGGCGGCUCUCUGCGCCUGGGUGACACCGUGGUGCCCAUGUACGUGGACCAGAGCCGCGACUCGCUAGCGGGCGACAAAACCGUGUACGAGGAGAUCGCGGACGGCAAGGACGAGGUGGACCUGGGCGGCCGCCUCAUCAACGCGCGCGCCUACUGCUCCUGGUACAACUUCAAGGGCGGCGACCAGCAGAAGAAGGUCGGCAGCCUGUCCGGCGGCGAGCGCAACCGCCUGCACCUGGCCAAGACCCUGAAGCAGGCCGGCAACCUGCUGCUGCUGGACGAGCCCACCAACGACCUGGACGUUGACACGCUGCGCUGCCUGGAGGAGGCCAUCCUGAAUUUCGCGGGCACCACACUGCUCAUCAGCCACGACCGCUGGUUCCUGGACCGCGUGGCUACCCACAUCCUGGCCUUCGAGGGAGACAGCAAGCUGCACUUCUUCGCAGGUGGGUACAGCGACUAUGAGGAGGACCGCAAGCGCCGCACCGGCUCCACCUUUGCGCCGCAGCGCCUCAAGUUCCGCAAGCUUGCUGCGUAACGUGUCGAGUGGGGCACGUAGUCAAGACGCUAGUCCGUGCAGUUGGUAGUACUGGUAUGCAAGGAGGGCGAGGUUGAAUUCCUGGUACAUUUGAGAAGCAUAGUCCCGAGUGUGAUGGCUAUAAUCCCGGCCCACAAAUCCCACAAGGCGGGUCAGGGCAAGAGUCGUAGAGUGGGUUCGCGGCUACUUCACCGAUGAUCGCGCUGGAUGGCUCAUAGAUUUUGCUGACGCGCAAUCCUCACACUCCGGGUGCCCGGCCAGGCGAUAGCACCGCGCAGACGUUGUGCGACGCCAUACACGCGCGAUGCAGAGUUGUAGCGCACCUGGCUAUCAGGCAACCGACGCCCAUGGAUGAGUGCCGACGACGACAACCAACGUAUUCGAGCAGCGUGCAGCAAAGCAAUGGCCGGGCGACAGUGUGGCAAGCCGGGGCAAGAACAGGGCGCGGCAAGGCAGACGAGGGGACCCGAAGCGUACGGCAAUGAAGGGCGAGUCGAAUGCAGUGCAAACACGCCAACAACACAACCAGAGCUGAGGAUGCGAAGCUGCCAAUGGGAAGGCGUACCCCUGGGUGUAGCUGGAUGCUCGGCGGGGAAGGCCUAUGCGCGCGUCGUAGACGAAGUUUUGCUGAGGGUGAGCGGCUGCGGGCUGCACGGCGUACAAGUGAUGUAACUUGAAGAAGAG